AUGGCUUCGAGGUCGACUUUGCGUUUUCUACUUGCUGCACUCCCGGUUUUCGAAGGGGCCUUCGAGCUCUGCGACCCAGGAGAUUCCGCUUGUGCAGCGAAGUCGUCGGCGCUGCUGCAGCACGGUCAAAGUCGGGCCGACGACGAGAGCCUCUACGGCGCUGCCUUGGCGCCCAUUUGCAAGGAUGCCGCCGACUUCCUUCCCGAGAGAGAGAUGUGGGCUUACUGCGACUUCUACGGGCACGGUGCCGUGCUGCCAGACGAAGCUCGGCAGCCUUGGCAAAAGUCUUGGCAAUCCUUGGCAUGUUUGCGCUUGUUUGCGCCUGAGGAAGCGACCUGCAAUGCUCAAGAUGGUUGUUACGGUGGAAUGGGCUGGUGCCACUGUGAGGGUAAGGAGGGUUGCCUCGCCGUGGGUGGCUACUGGUUCGCUCAAACCUGUACCAUGGAGGUGGAGAUGUUUAGGCGCAAGGGGUGGGGGGAGUUCUUUUGCCUCUUGAACUCGUGCGAGUGCGGCACCUGUCCCGCCAGUCAAGAACAGCGCGAGAUGUUGCACUUGGCCGACUCCAGCGGCAGCUGCCUUGACUUGGAGGCUGGAGACCGGGACUUCGAGCACAACAAGACGAUGUGGGCCUGGUGCGACACCUAUGAGGCGGCUCCCUCCGUGGACGAAUGCAACUCGAACGGCUGCGAGGGCAACGAGUGGCACUGCCACUGCGAAACCAAAGAGGGCUGCGCUGCCGUAGGUGGUCGUUGGGAUGAGUACCAGUGCUGGCAAGAUCUGAUGUACAUGUCUACGGAAGUGCACAAGGGCAUUGCGAUGGCCAAGAGCCAGCACUCGUGUGACGAUAUCGAAGUUUGGCACAGCCCGCUCAUGUACUCGGUGGACUGGUUGGGUGGAAGUUGCUGCUCCUCCGGGCAAUCGGUCUGCCAGGAGCUCGGAGGCAGCGGCGGUGGCCACCAUCACCACCACACCAGCGCUGGUCGAUGA